AUGAUAGCACAGAUAUGUGAGCCUCGAGGGGGCGCCCACUUCGGCACCAGCACUGAGACAAUGGUUGUGCGCACGCUGGUUCUCGAGGUCUGUAUGUCUGGGAAGGGGUUGUCUGGUGUGGAGGACGGGUCGGCGCCAUCGCCGCGAUUGUGUCAUCUGAUAAAAUGGCCGGACUUUGACGGCUAUGGAUUCAAUCUGCACGCAGAGAAGGCGAAGACCGGCCAAUACAUCGGCAAAGUGGACGCCGACUCUCCGGCACAGUUGGCCGGCCUUCGAGAGGGCGACCGUAUUAUUGAAGUGAAUUUGGUUAACAUUUCCAACGAAAAUCAUCGACAAGUCGUCGAAAGGAUUAAAUCGAUUCCCAACGAAACCAAACUAUUAGUGAUCGACGAGACGGCCGACAAGUGGUACAAAGAGAAUAAGGUAAUCGUCAAAAGCACUCAAUCCAAUGUCGUCCACUACAAGACACCGGUUCCGCGUCCUCUCAACGACAACAACAACGCCGUCGACGACAACAACGAUCGCAACGACACUCAACCCAAUCAUCUCAACCCAGCGGCCGAUGUGUCCGCUGGGUUGUCUGGUGUGGAGGACGGGUCGGCGCCAUCGCCGCGAUUGUGUCAUCUGAUAAAAUGGCCGGACUUUGACGGCUAUGGAUUCAAUCUGCACGCAGAGAAGGCGAAGACCGGCCAAUACAUCGGCAAAGUGGACGCCGACUCUCCGGCACAGUUGGCCGGCCUUCGAGAGGGCGACCGUAUUAUUGAAGUGAAUUUGGUUAACAUUUCCAACGAAAAUCAUCGACAAGUCGUCGAAAGGAUUAAAUCGAUUCCCAACGAAACCAAACUAUUAGUGAUCGACGAGACGGCCGACAAGUGGUACAAAGAGAAUAAGGUAAUCGUCAAAAGCACUCAAUCCAAUGUCGUCCACUACAAGACACCGGUUCCGCGUCCUCUCAACGACAACAACAACGCCGUCGACGACAACAACGAUCGCAACGACACUCAACCCAAUCAUCUCAACCCAGCGGCCGAUGUGUCCGCUGUUGAGGUCGUCGAUGUGGCCAAUGGUCUGCAAAACGGCGAUAACGACAGUCACAGCACUGUUGAGUCGAUUCCCAUGAAAGCCGACAUCGAAGUGAUCGAUAUUAAGACGAAUGGAUCCGUUAAUGCGGUUAAUGGCAACGAUAGGAAGGAUUCACUUGGAUAG